AUGGGUAAUACUGACGAAACCAGUAAUGUUACUGCUAUUGAUUCCUCCAGUCCAAUGUUCCUCCAUCCCUCCGAUAUCCCUGGGAUUUUUUUAGUCCACACACCUUUCUCUGGUACAGGGUUUAGUGGGUGGAAAAGAAGUAUAAUUGUAUCUUUUUCUACUAAGAAUAAAAUUAGUUUCAUAGAUGGUACUUGCCCCAAACCUGCGGAAAAUUCUCCACACAUUAAACAAUGGAACAGAUGUAAUAAUAUGGUCAUCUCUUGGUUGACCAGUUCACUUUCUCCAGAAAUUGCUGAGAGUGUUCAAUAUUCAGAAACUGCCGAAAGCAUCUGGGAACAAUUAUAUAAAAGAUAUGUGGCAGUUAAUGGGACGAAAAAGCCUGGACACUUAAUUGAUAAGUGUUACAAGCUUCAGGGGUUUCCUCCUAAUUUCAAGUUUACCAAAGGCAAGAGAAUUGCAGCCAAUGUGACUACAGAAUGUGAAUUCUCCAAUGAUUCCAAUCCAAAUUCAUCUGGCCACACUCCUAAUGCCAACAAUGGUGUUAUUGUGGCUUCUGAGGGUCAAAAGUCUGCAGGCCAUUUUCUGAAGAAGCCUCUAGAGCUUGGUAGAGUGGAUGAUGGACUCUACAAGUCAGAGUUGCCUUUGACAUCUCUUCCACACAAUUCUGUUGUUGAAAAUUUUACUUCUUGCACCUUGUAUUCUGAUGUUUCUCCCACUUCUGUAAAUACUUCCAUUUCCACUUGUAAUAAAGCUGCACAAGAUAAUAUGGACAUUGUUUGGCACCAAAGACUUGCACUUGUUCCUUUUGUGAGAAUGCAGACUAUUUCUGUUAUCUCUAUUUCUUCUAAACAAUAUUUUCCUUGUAAUAGUGUAGUGAUGAAUCCCCCUCCUGACACUACUACUCCUGUACCUUCUCAGCCACCUCCUCAUGUUAUAUCCACUGUAGAUGUUCCUGUCAACAGUUCCUCUCCAUCCUCUCCUGUCAACAGUUCUUCUCCUGUAUCACCAUCUAUUACUACUAAUAUUCCGAGUUCUGAUUCUCAAGCUACAACUUCUGCUCCUUUGCAUUCUCCACCUAAUUCUCCUGCUGUUUCCAAUCCCGUUUCCUCUAUUCAACCCCCAGCUUUCAAUCCUGAUAUUCUUCCUGUCCCUCCUACUGAAUCCGAACCAUACACUUAUGCUCAGGCAGCUCAUAUUCCAGCCUGGCAAGAGGCAAUGAGAAAGGAGUUUGAGGCACUAGAUGCCAAUAAGACUUGGGAUAUUGUUGAACUUCCUGCUGGAAAGAAACCCAUUGGGUGCAAGUGGGUCUAUAAAAUAAAGUAUAGAGCAGAUGGUAGUGUAGAAAGGUAUAAAGCAAGGCUUGUGAUUCGAGUUGUUGCUAUCAAGCAGGGUUGGUCUAUGUUUCAACUUGAUGUAAAUAAUGCUUUUCUUCAUGGUGAUUUACAUGAAGAGGUUUAUAUGAAGCUUCCUCAAGGGUCUUCUGGUAACAUUGUGAUUCUUGUUGUGUAUGUAGAUGAUAUCAUCUUAACAGGGAACAAUCUUGUUGAGAUUUCUGCUUUGAAAGACUUCUUGGACAAUGAGUUUAAAAUAAAAGAUUUGGGUCUGUUACACUAUUUCUUGGGCAUUGAAGUCAAUGCUUCUCCUUCUGGUGUUUUCUUAAAUCAAAGAAAAUUUGAUUCCAAGUUGAAAGCUGAUUCUGGGGAGUUGUUUGAUCAUCCUAAAAGAUACAGGAGUCUGAUUGGCAAACUUCUCUUCUUGACUCAUACUCGACCUGAUCUCUCUUUUGGUGUGCAAUAUUUAAGUCAGUUUCUUCAAGCUCCCAGGUUGCCUCAUAUGACUGUUGCCCUCCACAUGUUGAGAUACUUGAAGGGCACCUUUGAUGUUGGGCUAUUCUACUCUAACUCCCCUGAUUGUACUCUCAUAGCAUAUUCUGAUAGUGAUUGGGCAGCUUGCCCUAAUACUCGCAAGUCUGUCUCUAGUUUUUGUGUCUUUUUAGGUGACUGUUUGGUCUCUUGGAAAUCUAAGAAACAACUUAUUGUUUCACUCUCCUCCGCUGAGGCAAAAUAUAAGGCACUCAGUAAAUUGGUGGCUGAACUUACCUGGCUCACUAGGCUGCUUCCUGAUCUUUCUGUUCCUAUUUCUUAUCCUGUUUAUGUUUUUUGUGACAAUCAAGCUGCCAUUCAUAUUGCUAAGAAUCCGGUGUUUCAUGAGAGAACCAAGCAUAUCGAGGUGGAUUUUCAUUUUAUACAGAAGAAGUUAGCAGAUGGCUUGAUUCAGUUGUUUCAUGUUACCACCUCUAAUCAGCUUGCCGACAUCUUCACUAAGCCUCUUACUGGCGUGCUUCAUCAGUCCUUCCAAGUUGAAGUUGUUCUCCCCCCUCCAACUUGA